AGGAACUAAAGUAUAUCUAACAGCAGCGGUAUAUUCUGUUGGAGUGAAAGAACAUUUAUCGACUCAAAAUAGUCAACCAUGUAUUGCAUACCUAAUGGACAAUCUCACAUAUUGCGGAUUAUAUUUUUAAUACUUCUUGUGUCAGAUGCAUUUGCGGGUAAAAUGAAGAUUGUGGAGGAACCAAAUACAUUUGGGCUCAACAAUCCGUUGUUGGUUCAGGGAAGCAGGCUUCAGCCCAAGGCAACCCCAACCCCAGUAUCAGGACCACCUCAUCUACAUACACUGGCAGGAAAGUGUUUCAGCUACAUUGAGUCCACGUAUAAAUAUGAAUUUUGUCCAUUCCACAAUAUCACUCAACAUGAGCAGUCAUUCAGGUGGAAUGCUUAUAGUGGAAUACUAGGAAUCUGGCAGGAGUGGGAAAUUGUGAACAACACGUUCAUGGCCAUGUGGAUGAGAGAAGGGGAUGUAUGUGGGAACCGAAAUAGACAAACCAAGGUCAUUCUUACCUGUGGCAUAAGCAGCAAGCUGGCUCAGGUGUCGGAGCCCAGUACCUGUAUUUACUCCCUGACGUUCGAGACCCCUCUAGUCUGCCACCCACAUUCUCUCUUAGUGUACCCGAUCCUAAGUGAAGUGCUGCAGAAAGAAUGGGAUGAGGCUGAGCAGGCUCUGUAUGAGGAACUAAUCACUGAGCAGGGGUACAAUAAUCUACUGAGAGAUAUUUUUGAGGAUGCUGGUUUCCUGAAGAGCCAAAAGGUCAAGGUGAAACAGGAGGUCACUACCCCUUCAAAUACUCAAAACUCCUUUCAGAAAUGCAAUGAGGACUUACGCAAGCAGAGAGAAGAGAUUGAUAGACUACAGGCCCUCCUCACACAACAUAACAUCCCCCACCAACCAAACACAGAUGAUGUGAAGGAUCCAGUGAGUAAUGCUGUUGGGGACCGUUAUCUGAGAGGAGACAUUGGCCUCAUCACAGAUGUGGUCUGAAGGAAUGGGACACUACAUCCAUAACAAGGGGGGGGGGGUGGGGAAUCUUGUAGCUGUCAGGUGACUCAAGUACCGAAGUCUGAUGCCAAAAAUACAGGUCGGUCCUAGAGUCCGCCAGCCAACCGGUCCCAUUGACUCCACCCUUUUGCCGUGUGAGGUCUGCAACAGGCACUUUGCUCUUAACCAUCUGGACACUGAGAUCUGCGGCAGGGUGAACAAACCAGCCAGACGUUGGGUCUACGACGCCACCAAGCACCGCCUCAAGGGGGCUGGCAAGGAGCGCCACAAACGAGAGAUGGAAAGCUCUGACAGACUACAACAGGUCACAUGUCUCCAGUGGAAAUCCAACCGACAUUAACAAAUGAUGAUUCAAGACCAUUGCUGUUCAAAUGAAACAUUAGGCUUUAUUGACCUAACUCAAAGACACACGGGAAAAGUAUGACUGUGUGUCCAUUAGUAAGGGUUAUGCACAUGAGGAUCCAAUCAAAACAGCCGAAGGAGGACAUGAUGCAACGACACUCUCUUAGAUGGAAGUCCCUUUCACUUUUCGAGUAUGAAAUGACGUGUCAAAAUGAAAACAAUGUAAUAAAACCAACACUUGAGUAA